CUUGCCGCUAAAAAUGGGGGAAACUGGGCAUUUUUAGUUUCAUUUUUUAGAGUGUGUUCCGGAGUUGGUUGGAAUUGGAUUUAUGCCUUUUUCGGGUUGGAUUUUAUCAUGUAUUUCCCAAGGAGAACAAGCCCGUUUCGAUUAUAUCUUGUGGCCGUGCUGCUGAAUUAUUGCUGGGAAGCGGUGUCUGGACAGCUCUCCUAUUCCGUAGCAGAGGAGGUAAACCCAGGAACUUCUGUUGGAAAUAUAGCAAAGGAUUUAAAUCUCAGUGUCCAGGAUUUGGAGUCCCGAGUGUUUCAGAUUGUUAGUGGAUCAAAGAGGAAAUAUUUCGAGGUAAAUCUGAAAACGGGUGUUCUUUAUGUAAAUGAAAGAAUAGACCGGGAGGAGCUUUGUGCGAAGGCUACAAAAUGUAUUGUCAAUGUUGAGGCCGUGAUCAAUGACCCGCUGAAGCUUUACCGUUUAGAUAUAACUAUAACAGAUAUAAAUGACAAUUCCCCGGUUUUCUCUGAGCAAUUGCAGUCACUUGACAUUGCAGAAAAUACUUUACCAGGAGUAAAAUUUGGACUGAUAGAGGCCUCGGAUUUGGAUGUUGGUAAGAACGGUGUUAACACAUACACGCUUAGUAAUAAUGAUUACUUUGCUUUAGAAAUCCAUAAAGGAGGAGACAGCGUGUCUGCCGAGUUAGUAUUAAAAAAAUCUUUAGACCGCGAGGUUCACUCUGUUAUAAAACUCACACUGACUGCAGUAGACGGCGGAAAUCCACCCAGAUCGGGCACCUCACAAAUUAUUAUCAACGUUUUGGAUAAUAAUGACAACCAUCCUGUAUUCAGUAGAUCUCUAUACAAAAUUCAGAUUUCUGAAAACUUGCCAAAAGGAUCUACUGUGAUCAAUCUAAAUGCAACAGACGCAGAUGAGGGUGUAAACAGUGAAAUUGAAUUCUCGUUGAGAAGAAAAGGUCAGGAUCAAAUUCUAGAUUUAUUUCAAAUUGAUAGCAACACCGGCUUAAUUUCAGUAAAAGGUAAGAUCGACUAUGAAGAAAAUCCUGCGUUUGAGAUUCAUGCACAGGCCAGUGAUAAAGGCCAGCCUCCGAUGUCUGCUCAUUGUAAGGUGCUGGUAGAAGUGGCGGACCUAAAUGACAACGCUCCUGAGAUCACUGUGACAUCACUACUAAACACAGUGAAGGAGGAUGCUAAAGUAGGUACUGCUAUUGCUCUCGUCUCUGUAAUGGACAAAGACGGCGGGAAAAACGGUGUAGUUAAAGCUUUCAUUGAAAAUGAGAACCACUUUAAAUUGGAAACUAAUUACAAAAAUUAUUAUUCGUUAGCCGUUAAUGGUCCGCUUGAUAGAGAGACUCAGUCUCAGUACAAUGUGACUAUCGUAGCAACAGAUGAAGGGACUCCACCUCUCUCCAGCACCAACAUACUGACUGUUCAUGUUUCUGAUGUAAAUGACAAUCCGCCUCGCUUCCCCGAGCCGCUGGUUAAUGUUUAUGUAAAAGAGAACAGUCCAGUUGGAGCAGUUAUUAAAACAGUGUCUGCAGCUGAUGCCGAUAUUGAUCAAAAUGGUCAGGUGAGCUACUCAUUUUUAAAAACUAAAAGUGACUCGUUGCCCUUAUCUACAAUGAUUAACAUUAACUCAGAGACUGGAGAUAUAGUCAGCCUGCAGUCUUUUAACUACGAGGAGUUAAAGACGUUCCAGUUCAAAGUUCAGGCCACAGACUCUGGUGUUCCUCCGCUCAGCAGCAACGUGACUGUGAACGUUUGUAUCCUGGAUGAGAAUGACAACAGUCCCGCGAUCCUCGCGCCCUAUUCUGAGCACGGCUCCGUUAACAGUGAGAAUAUACCUUUUAAAUUAGAAUCAAAUUAUUUUGUGGCAAAGAUCAGGGCUGUAGACGCAGACUCUGGAUACAACGCGCUGCUUUCUUAUCACCUGUCUGAGCCCAAAGGAAACAACCUCUUCCGGAUCGGAACCAGCACCGGGGAGAUCAGGACUAAGAGGAGAAUGAGUGACAAUGACCUGAAAACUCACCCCUUGGUGGUGCUGGUUUCUGAUAACGGAGAGCCCUCCCUGUCAGCUACUGUGUCUAUUGAUGUGGUGGUGGUUGAAAGCACAGCUGACAUCCAGACUCAGUUCAGACAUGUGCCCAUAAAGGAGGAGAGCUUCUCUGAUUUGAACCUGUAUCUGCUGAUCGCCAUUGUGUCGGUGUCAGUGAUCUUUCUGCUGAGCCUCAUCAGUUUAAUAGCUGUGAAAUGCCACAGGACAGACGGCAGUUUCAGCAGGUACAGCGCCCCAAUGAUCACCACCCACCCUGACGGGAGCUGGUCUUACUCUAAAGCUACUCAGCAGUAUGACGUGUGUUUCAGCUCCGACACACUGAAGAGUGACGUAGUGGUUUUCCCCGCACCGUUUCCGCCUGUUGAUGCGGAGCUGAUCAGUAUAAACGGAGGAGACACUUUCACCAGAACUCAGACUUUACCUAACAAGGACAAGGUAAGAGCAGCACGUCCAUAA